CGCGCUGUCAAACGCACUUUUAUAGGUUAUACACCCGUGACGUGAUACUCGUCACCUAGACGGAACGGAAGCAGCGACAUUAAAUCCAGCCGAGGGGGACGCGAGGUUAUUGGAACCGGGUAUAGAGUUAAUCACCUGUCCAGCUCCGACAGCGUCUGCAACUCCUGCGGCGUGAGGACCAAGAUGCCUAUACCCAAGAAGAAUAAAGAAGAUGCGAACAAGGAAGCCUAUAGUAUAGAUGCUUCACAGGAAGCCAAAUCCUUCAUAGAGAAAAUCAUGGGCGAUGUGAGCAAAUCUUCAGCGACCAAACAGAUCAUCAUUGGUACCACAUCAGGAUGGGUAACUGGAUUCGUCACCAUGAAGAUUGGGAAAGUGGCAGCCUGUGCAGUCGGCGGUGGAAUUAUCAUGCUGCAAAUAGCUGCGCAUCAAGGUUACAUAAAAAUUAAUUGGGACAAGAUUAUGAGUAAAGCCGAGAAAAUAACAGAUAAGGUGGAAGAAAAGAUUACCGGCGAAGGACCAAAUUUUAUGGAUAAGGCUGAGAGAUUCGUCGACAAAAAGAUAGAUAAAGCCGAACGAUUGCUGAAACAAGGGAAGACCUGUACGCGACGUUGGUACCACAUAUUGACCGGCGGUGACGAUAGCUUCCAACCAACGGAAUUCCAUUUCUUUCUAGUCUCAUACGUGGCGGGACUCGCGCUCGGCUUUGCCACCGCUAACUAGGUAAUAAGUUGCUGCACUCUGAAUGCAACAAAGAGGAAGAUCAACAUCCACAUCAUGUCAAAAGAUAACUGCUCUAUUGCUAUUGACGCACAUGAUAAUGUCGUCGACGAAUAUAACAAUACAAUCAUGGACGAGGUAAGAAACAAGAUCAACGUAUUGAAGAAAUGGGUCGCGCGAAGUAAUACGCUUAAUAAUCCUAGAU